ACUUUUCAUUUCCACAAGAAUAUAGUUACAAGACGACACCGUUUCGUAUCUGACUUCCUUUAUAUAACUUCUUUAUCUCCUUCCCUUUUCCUUCCAUCAUCAGAAUCAAAACUCUGGUCAUGGCGUCUCUGUUCUCCGAUAACGAACAACCGCCGACGAAUUCAAACUCAAUCUCUACCGUUCUCGUUGGAAAGAAGAAGAGCUUAUCUGCUUCAACCGGAGACGGUGAGAGCUACGCGCGAUGGAGAUCGGAGAAGCAGCAGCGUAUCUACUCCGCCAAGCUGAUCCAGGCGCUGAAACAGGUCCGCCUCAGCUCUUCCUCCUCCGCGUCGACAUCGUCUCCAACGGCUCAGAAGCGGGGAAAAGCCGUCCGCGAAGCCGCCGACCGCGCCCUCGCCGUUUCCGCCCGCGGAAGGACGCUCUGGAGCAGAGCGAUCCUUGCUAACCGGAUCAAACUGAAAUUCCGGAAGCAGAAACGGCCGAGGCAGACGGUCGUACCGGCCGUGACCACGGUGGUCACGACGGGAGCUAGCAGCAGCAGAGGGAGGAAACCGAGAGUGUCGGUGGUGGGACUGAAUAAGAAGAGUUUACCGACGGUUAACCGGAAAGUUCGUUCUCUCGGCCGGUUAGUUCCGGGUUGCAAAAAAGAAUCUGUACCGGUGAUUCUAGAAGAAGCAACCGAUUACAUACAAGCACUGGAGAUGCAAGUCAGAGCCAUGAACUCUCUCGUGGAGCUUCUCUCCGGCUACUCAGGCUCUGCUCCUCCGCCGAUUUGAUGAGGUUAAAAUCGUCAUUUUGCCAAUAUUCGACCUUUUUAAAUAUACGAAAACUCAUUCAUAUAAUAUUGAUAUAUACAUAUAAUAAUAUGUAUAUAAGAUCCGGUUUGAGUAUAAUUUGUGUAAACCACUCAUCCCAA